CGGCUGAUAUGCCUCGGCGUCGCAAUCGAUCGUAGAGAAUACCGUAGAUACCUUCACCGGAAAGGCUACUAAUCCCAAGCCCGGUGCUGAGGUGUACUCUCAUCGUUCGAGAUGGAAGACCGUGGAGAAAAGAAAGGCUGUGUUCGAGGUGAAGCCAUAGCGUCAAAUGGCAUGUCCACUUUCCCACGCCCUCAGUGACUCGCCAAUUUCGAGUAACAGGCAGCAAUAAUGCGAGGACGGCAUCGUUUCUGUCUCCUAGUAUUUGAUGACCUCAAAAGAGUCCAGGUUAUGGAUCUAUUAAGAGGAAUUCUUGAUAGUUGAUACAUUUCCGUCAUUUCUGAAGCUGUUCAUAGCAUGAGAGCUCACCGCUCAAGAUGGCUUCAACUUCAAACACUGUGAUAGCUGGCGACAUCCCGCCGGCUUACACGAUUGACCUAUCGCUUGCUCCACAAUUGCGAUAUGUGAAGCUCGCAACGGACUUCAAGGACCACAUAAUCGAACUUACUAAGCUGUUUGAAGAAGUCAUCGCCUCGUUCGGGUUGGGCAAAUCUUUCAAAACCAUCCUUUUCCUUUCACGAUUGUGUCUACGCCGCGUGUAUAGCAACGAACAAACGCGAGAGCUGAAGGGCAUCAGCACGGCAACGGGAGUCGACAUCCAUCUUCUGGUGACCCUCAAUGUCCUUCUUGACGUGUUGAUGGGAUGUACGAGCGGAGGGAUAGCCGUUGGGCGAGGCUUGGACCAGAGGAUGCUGCAUUUUCGGACCCUGGACUGGGGCAUGGACGAACUCCGCAAAGUUGUCGUGCAGUUGGAGUUCGUUGAGCAAGCUGGAGGUCCGAUCGUCGCGAGAUCCAUCACCUACGUUGGUUUUGUUGGCAUCUUGACAGGAGUUCGACAAGGGCUCAGCAUAUCUCUGAACUUCCGGCCAACCCAUAACGUGUCGUCAACGUUCUCAAACUUCCAAUACUACUCACACAAUCUUCUCGUACUUCUUGGCUUCCGUCCGUCGAUCUCAUCCCUCCUACGGGAUAUGAUCCUCCCUACCUCGACCAAACACCCGGUAUCUCUCGAUACGAUACGCUCCACCUUUCCACAGAUACCGACCUCAGCGGCAUAUAUAUGUCUGUGUGAUGGACAAGAGUCGCUCGUUGUUGAAAAGGACCGAGUCACGGCAUCUACCCGAUCAUCGAAAUCCUUCGUGGCUGCCACAAACCAUGACCUUGAAGAUCCCCAAACCGCCCCUGAUUUUGAACCUGCGCAUCACGGUCCUGUCCUUCCCGAGGAAUUUGUCCUGGACUCUAGAAAGCGAUUAUCAUGUAUAGGGAGGAAGUGGGAUGUUUGGAACAAGACGUUCCUCGAAUCACAUCCCGGGGCAUCGGAAGCGGAUGUCUGUGUUACGCAGAAGGCCCUCGUUCAAUGGAUCUGCGAGUAUCCUACCUGUAACGAGUAUACGCACUAUGCGGCCAUCAUGGACCCAACCGCGGGAACGGUGGCCUGGGUUCAGCGAUGGCAGGAGCCGAUCCCGGCCGAGCAAGAUCCAUGUCUAUCCAUUGCAACAGGAAGCGAGUCUUGAAUCUUUCUGGCUUCCUUGGCUUCCUUUCGAUCGGACGGCCGCUAUACAAAAUAUCCCAUCAUGAAUGCGUCUUGAUAUCAGAAGAUGGGUUGGGGAAGACUGAGGUAGGUAUUGGAUGCCUCCUGGGUGGAGAAGCUCCCUUCUACUAACCUGUCAUUAUACACUUCUCUACUCGAUAACUGAUAAGCACGAGAAUUCCGUUUCGCAGUUCCUCUACUCUUUCUGGGUUCCUGGAGUAUGUCACAAGUCCACGGAGGGGUGCAAUGUUUCGUCAUAUUUCCGGCUCGCAGGAUUGGCAAUGUCGUGGAAAGGGCGGUUGGAGUAGACAGAAUAGUACAUUAAAUGACAUCCAUUCAACUUGGUGGUUUGAUCGAGAUCUGAUACUGGUGGAUGCCAUAUGUAGAGCCAAUUGCAAAAAGG